AUGUCGCAGAAGUCUAGCGCAGAUAUCUUGGUGGAGGCCGAGGAAUUCGACAACUAUGGCGGCUGGAUCAUGGACUCGCAGUUUGAGCAUGAGAUGGGCUCACCUUAUCUGUUAGCUCACGGAAAUGGUAGACCAGUUUCUGAUGCUACUACAACCAUAUCAAUCGCAGAAGCAGGCUGGUAUCAUGUUUGGGUUCGCGCCAAAGACUGGGUUCCGGGUCAUCAUCCAGGAAGAUUCACACUUGCGAUCAACGAGACCACUCUCAAUCCUGAGUUUGGUGCCAACGAUCGGAACUGGUCGUGGGAGUUUGGAGGCAUUAUCAAACUGCCUACAGGUAAAGCCAGACUCUCACUGCACGACUUGACUGGAUUCUGUGGUCGUUGUGACGCCAUCUUCCUCAGUCUGAAUGCCAAGCCUCCGCCCGACGAGGCGGCACCGGAAUGGCGGCGGAGCCUUCGCGGACUUCCCGAUAAGCCAGUGGAUGCGGGAACUUUUGAUGUUGUUGUCGUUGGAGGUGGCGUUGUAGGAUCUGCUGCCGUAUUGGCAUCAGCGCGACUCGGAGAGCGUGUUGCUCUCGUUCAUAACCGUCCGUACUUGGGCGGGAAUGCAAGCGUGGAGAUUGGACUCCGCCCUCGCGGCGUGACCGGACCACUUAUCGAUGAGAUCUCGGAGCGUCAUGCGAAUGGCGAUAUAUACGCGAAAAACUUGCUUGAUGCUGAGCCAAAUGCGACGGUAUUCAUGGACCACAACGUCUACGACGCUGUCACUGCCGAUUCCCGUAUUGUUUCUGUUGAUGCCCGCGAUGCCCACAGCGGACUAGAGAUCCGCCUCUCAGCGGAAGUAUUUAUCGACUGUUCCGGAAAAUCCAUUCUGGGGCUUUACUCAGGCGCAGAGACACUUUUUGGCCAAGAAUCAAAAGCAGAGUACGGCGAGGGUCUGGCUCCGGCGCAGCGCGAUGACAUGCACCAUGGAAACACUGUCUUCUUCCGCACCCGCAUGGCGGAAUCACCAGUCCCUUUCCCUGCCGUCCCAUGGGCCACAGAAGUAGCCAAGGACUUCUCAGACCUGCGUGGUCAACUCACGAAACCUGGUAUUGAAAACGGACCUGGACCUGUCGCUGUCUCUCCCAAUCAUGUCUCUGACCCUUCGAUUCGUCGGCGUAUGAAGGGACCUCUCACCCAUUUUUGGGAGUAUGGACAGUGGCUGGAUCCCUAUACACAGGGUGAGCACAUUCGCGACCAUCUCCUUCGUGCUAUCUACGGCACAUUUUCAAACGUCAAAACAAUGGAACCGGAAACUUAUGCCAACCUCGAACUCGACUGGGUAGCCUACGUCCCCGCGCAAGGCGAAUUCCGCCGCUACAAAGGCGACUACAUCCUCACCGAAAACGACAUCCGUAAUCACACAAAGUUCCCAGACGCUGUGGUCCAGAACGAAGGAGCGUUCUGUCUUCACUAUCCUGGAAACGACAAAUACGACUUCCGACUCAAGUACUGGGAAUGGGACGAGCGUGACAGGAAGCCAUACGAUAUUCCAUUCCGCUGUCUGUAUUCUAUGAAUAUAGCCAAUCUGAUGAUGGCUGGUAAACAUAUCAGCGUUACACAUGUGGCUGGUUCGAAUACCAAGUUUAUGGGGAACGGUGGACAGCAUGCGAUUGCGACUGCUGCGGCUGCCCAUUUGUGUAAAAAGUAUGGCACGACGCCUCGGGGGGUUUAUGAUGAUUAUCUGUCGGAGCUGAAGGAUAUUGCUGCAAGUAUUACUAGUGCGAAUGAUGAUGAAGCCAAUGGAAGACAUCUGGAUAAUAUAAAGUCGAAGCUCUGA